AUGUCCUCUGAAGAGCUAUACUUGGACUAUCGGGGACUCCGUCUUCCCAAGACGAUCCACACCGCAGAAAGCUUGGAGUUUGCGCAGGAAUUCAAAUUUAAAGACGAUGACGUCAUCGCUGUCACCUACCCGAAGUCAGGUACAGUCUGGAUGCAGGAGAUUCUGCCACUGGUGCUUAAUGGUGGCGACCUGGAGCCAAUCCAAACUAUUCCAAACUGGGACAGGGUGCCCUGGCUGGAGGAGAUAAGAUUGUCCAUUGUUGUGGAUCAAUUGAAAUCUCCGCGAGCACUAGUCACUCAUUUUCCUUAUCACCUCAUGCCUGCAUCCUUUCACACCUCCAAAGCCAAGUUGAUCUAUGUUGUCAGGAACCCAAAGGACGUCCUUGUGUCUUCAUACUACUUCCACCAGAUGGCAGCAUUCCUCGAGGAUCCAGGAACUUUUGAUGAGUUCAUGGAGAAAUUCCUGCAUGGCAGAGUGAUGAGGGGAAAAUGGACGGACCAUGUGAAGAGCUGGAGACACACAGAGCUGACAGACAGAAUCAUGUACAUCUCAUAUGAAGAAAUGGUUCAGGACCUGCCUGCGUCUCUCAGGCGUUUAUCUGGUUUCCUGGGCGCUAACCUGAGUGAAGACACCAUUCAGAAGAUCGCAGAGCAUUGUAUUGCUGGAGACUGGAAAAAACAUUUCAGCUCAGAGCAGCUGGCCCGGUUCACAUCAUUCAUUUGCAAAGAGAUGGAGGGUGAGAGCUUCUCUCUGCCGUGGAGUCUGGACUGAGCCACAGCCAGAGGAGAGACGCAGAGGGAGAAAGAGCCAUGUACAAUAGAUAUUUUUGUCAGAGUAGGAAACUGGUGCUCAUUGGGCCAAACAUUUUCAAAGUUAGGCAGACAAGUAAAAAUCACUUUACUGAUGUUUGUACUCUGGUCAUCAUCCAGCUUCUCAAACAGGAUUUAGAAGAGCUGCAGAGCCUGUUACCUGGAGAGACCACCACCACAUUAAAAUAUAUGUCAACAGUUUUUUGGGGUGUGAAAUGUAACAUUUUCCAGGUUAAUUCCACAAUUGUUUUGCUUGCCCUGGAUGAGAAUUUAUGUUAAACCGCCAACAAGGGAUUGCUGCUUCAACAGUGAUCAUCUGGAUUCUCACAUCUGUAAAUAAGCUUGUUAAUGAGCUAUUUUGUUAUUUCCCUGCCUCUUAUUGUGGUUAAAACAAACAACACAACUCUUGUUGACUCCUUGCUUGUAUGCAAAAUGUGACAUGUUAUGCAUGUUCAAGGCACCCGGAGCUCAGCUUGUAGAAACUUUUAAUACACUUUCAAUAAAUAU